AUGAAUUCCACUGUAAGGAAUACGUGGACUCUCUUUGCACGCCCUGGUGGUGCACUGAGCUCAUUAAGCUGGGGGCUUCAACAAUGGCGAGGAAUUCGCGUAAAGGUCUUUGAUGGCAAUCUGGAACGAGCAUUGGUGGUGUUGCAGAGAAAGAUGCAAUCUAGUGGGAUGGAACGGCUAAUAAAGCGUCAAGAGACUCACCAUAUUAAGAACUCGGAGAAGCGUGUGUUGGCACGUCAGAAACUUGAGCAGAAGCUUCGAUCCCAAGACCUUGCGCGCAAGCUUAAAGCCAUCCUUAUCAAGAAAGUCAGGUAA